UUAUUACUAUUACAUCUCCUUUCCCCAAGUCACUGCACUCUGCCUCCCAGAGCCCAGUUCCACUCCUCCUAGCUUACUUUAUAUUGGGUGGCACUGGCAACUGCAAGCUUUCCACCCACACUGCACCUUAAUACUUCAAUUUUAUCUAAAAUUUUACAAAAAGUCUGGCUUCACCUCCGUCCAGCCCCAGUGCCACACAGUCCCAUUCCUGCUGCUGCUAGAGUUGCCCCCUUAGAUAUUUAAUGCAGGAUGGCUGCUUUAUUUUUUAACAGGUCUCUAUCACAACAGGUUAGGCUUGUAUGUUGGGUUUUAUAAUAUACUUUACUUUCUUGACCCCUUGGUUAAAGGAAAACCUUUGGGAAUGCUUGUGUUUGGUGUAGAAGCACAGAUCAUAAUGCGCACGCAGAGAGAGUGAUAAAAAAGUAUACUGAACUGAAUCUCUAUGCUGCCCGAGACAGCGGGGUGGGCACAAUAUAUUUUCAGCAUCCAACCCCCAGACUGGCUUUGUGAAGGAACAGAAGUGCGUUUACUACAGACUGAUAGGGAGUGACGUCGCAAGCAUUUUGUGCUAAAAACCGCCGCCAUUAACUAGCCUUAUGCAGGAGAAGAAGCUGAUAGCUUGCAUGACAUAAAUUAGCCAAUCGCGUCCAGCCUAUUUGCAUAAUGGCGCCAAAAGUCUAAACCCUGAUAGGCUGAUGUAUUUACAUAUAAAGGCUUUCCUGUUCCCGCCUGCCACUCCCUGCUGAUUUCUUGAAAGGAGGGGUCCUGCUGUGCAGCUCUGACGUAGAAUGUGAUUUUUGCAUUUCAUCAAGACACAUCAUUUUCACGUCAAGUCAUGUUGUAGCUAUGUGUAAGUGGGACACAAAGUUAAGGAAAGACCAUCCGACGGCUGAGCCACAGCAGGAUCUUCAUCUUUUGGAACUCUGUACAAGUUUUUUGCAUCUCAAGACACAAGUGACACAAAGUUAAGGAAAGACCAUCCGACGGCUGAGCUACAGCAGGAGCUUCAUCUUUUGGAACUCUGUACAAGUUUUUUGCAUCUCAAGACACAAGUGACUACUACCUGCUACAAGGGACACAAAGUUAAGGAAAGAUCAUCCGACGGCUGAGCCACAGCAGGAUCUUCAUCUUUUGGAACUCUGUACAAGUUUUUUGCAUCUCAAGACACAAGUGACUACUAUCUGCUACAAGGGACACAAAGUUAAGGAAAGACCAUCCGACGGCUGAGCCACAGCAGGAUCUUCAUCUUUGAAACUCUGUACAACAAAGAACACACACCACUGAAUAGUGAAAACGUAAAACUGAGGCAGACCGCCUACUAAAAGACACAACUACAUACGGUAUUGGCAGGAUUCUCAAGUCCACUUGGCUCUCUGGCCUACAGAAUGAAAAGAACUAUUCAUCAAUAUUUUGAAAGAAAAAUUUCUUCAGUGUCUGCAAAACCCCUCACUGAGGUUUUAGACUCGUCAGAAUCUGUGUUUCCGCAAACAUCCAAUUCAUCAUCAAAGUGCUUUGUGGAUUUAACUUUGGAUUGUGAUGAAACCGAAUAUUCUUCAGAGUACCAUUCUGAAGAAUGCGAACUUAAUUCAGUUAUCCAGUCAGAGAGUUUACAAACCUCACUUGCCCCUAGAGAAAUAGUUAUAAGUGAUGUCAGUCCUCCUCCGGACACUAGAAACACAGAUUCUGCCGAGUCGAAUACCUCAGAUUUGUGCUCUAGCAAGUGCUGUGAAGACCUGACAAUACCAUGCCAACCUACGGAUCCUGCAGUGUUAGAAAGCACAAAAAAAGUACAAGGAACUGGAAAGUCACAGCGUACAAGAUCAGUACAAAUGCAGUGGUUUAAGGAGUUUCCAUGGAUAACAAUGUGCAUUAAGCGAGGGGUUCUUUUCUGUACACAAUGUCGUUAUUCUGUUGUCAAAGGGCUCAGUGCUAAAAUUGAACCUGCCUUUACCGUAUGUGGCUUUCAAAACUGGAAAAAAGAUAUUUGUGCAUUUCGAGAACAUGAGAAAACAAAAUGCCACAAUCAUGCUUCAACUGCCAUGAAACAUGUUGUAUCUAAUUCUCCAAACAUAGCUGUACAGUUGGACUGUCGCCUUCGGGCUCAGCAAAAGUUGCAUAGUCAAAUGUUAGUGAAACAAAUGACAUCCCUGCGUUUCCUCAUUGGGCAAGGUUUGGCUACCUUUGGCCACAAUGCCAAUGGAGGCAAUCUGUUUCACUUAAUGCAGCUUUGUGCUGAAGACAUCCCUGAAAUAAAACAGUUUAUUAGUGAAAAAAAAUAUGUCACGUGAAGUAAUUAAUGAACUUACUCAUAUGUUUGCCUUAGACAUACAGAGAGCAAUACUUUCAAAGAUACAUAAGGCAAAGCUAUAUUCUAUACUUGCUGAUGAAACCAGGGAUAUUUCAAACAAAGAGCAGCUUGUUUGCUUGAUCAGAUGGGUUGAAGAAAAUUACACGGUUCAUGAAGAUUUUAUAGGACUUGUUGAGUUGCCUAAACAGGAUUCAGCUACAAUCUUCUCAAUCUUACAAGAUAUACUGAUAUGCUGUAAUAUACCACUAAAUUUGUGUAGAGGUCAAGCAUAUGAUGGUGCAGCAAAUAUGUCUGGCCAUAUACGUGGUGUUGCUGCAAUGUUUAAAGAGAAAAAUCCUGCAGCUCUUCACAUUCAUUGUCUGGCACACUGCCUCAACCUGUGCUUACAGGAUGCAAGCAAGAAGUGUAAGAGUGUUAGGGAUCAAGCAAUCUCCAAAGCGUAAUCACUUAUUUGAUUCUUUAAGAAAAGAGUUGGAACCUCAAAAUCAAAAUCUGCGCACCUUAUGCCCUACAAGGUGGACAGUCCGUACUGGUGCAGUUAAAUCUGUUAUUGAUAACUACAAUGUUCUUUGUACAGCAAUGACUCACAUCAAUGAAAAUUCACAUGAUGAACAUGGAAGGAAAGCUUGUGGCAUUUUGGCUGUUCUAGAGAAAUUUAGUACAUUUUAUGGUCUUAGUCUUGCAUACUUGGUUUUCUCUGUUACUGAACACCUCUCCAAAACACUACAGACAGUUAAUAUAACUAUACAUGAAGCACAGAAAGCAGUUAAAUUAACACAAGGUUUUUUUAGUAGACAGCGAACACAUGAAUGCUUUGCUAACUUCUUUAAUUCGGUGAUAGAACAAUCGAAAGAUCUAACAGAUGAACCAGUGGUUCCCAGACAGAAACGACCACCUAGACGUAUUGACAGUGGAGCAGAUUCAUGUACUUUUCCUAGUCCGCAGGAAUACUAUCGAAGAGAGUAUUAUGAGGUCUUGGAUUUGAUAGAUCAUGAACUCACUUUUCGUUUUGCUCAAAAAGAUGUAGAAGUAGCAAUAGUUCUUGAACAAAUGUUGCUUACAGCAGCUACAGGAAAAAAAGUUGCCCUUCCAUCCUCUAUUUCUAAUUUGUAUUCAAGUGAUUUUAAUUUUGAUCGCUUACUCCAGCAACUAGAAAUGUUAGCUGAUACAAUACUUGAGUCUGGCAAUGAUCCUAAAACAGUAACAAACAUAAGAGUAAUUUCAGAUGCAAUGAAUGCAGUGCCUGUAUCAAAGAAACUACUACCAGAAGUACACAAGCUACUUUGCUUAUACUACACAAUACCUGUAACAACUGCUACUGCAGAAAGAUGUUUUUCAUCAUUGCGUAGAGUAAAAAAUUAUUUACGCUCUACUAUGACUCAGAUGAAAUUGAAUGACUUAAUGUGUGGUUAUAUUCACAAAGACUACCUUGUACAGACUGAUGUUGUGGCACUCGCAAAUGAUUUUGCACAAAGGAACAAUCGUAGAAAAAUUUAUUUUUCAAGGGUUCACUAAUGCUAAAAUAUUACUCUUAAAUUUGUUACUGUAGCAAUCAAUGGUGUUCAUAGCUGGCUAGGUGAAAGACAAAUGGUUAAAGGACCAGUAGCACUAAAUUUUUAAGUAAAAUUAAUUCCACCCCCCUCAAAUAACACUUCUAUCUUGGACAAAGUUUAAUUUUUAUUGUUUAUACAUAAAUACCUAGAAAAAAAUCCCUCUUCUGGUUGUGUGCUGCAUUGAAAAGGCGAUGGGGUGACAUACAUUCUCUUGUGCGUGGGCUCUUUCUUUAAAACCGGACGUUAGUGGCUUCUGCUUCAGGAAGGAUUUGCCUGGAAGAGUGUGGCAGCACUACCGUAGCAAAAUGUAUUUCUAAAAUGGUUAGAUAGUAAAGAAAAGAGUGGGCUCUGCGCUAGCUGUCUGGGUUUCCGGUCUUCCUUGGAAGAUUUAGGGCUGGCCUGUGCGCUGCCUUACUUCUUGCAGCCAGUACUGAAGUAAAUCAAGCUGGUGAAAUAUAUACAGAGCGACAAAAAACCCUUUGAGAAGCAGAAGCAACUGACUAUCGGUUUCAACAAGAAAGUUUGGCUAGCUGGAGACUGAAGCAAACAAAAGAGCUUAGAAUGUGUCUCCUUAUCGCCUCUUUUGAAAUGCAACACACAACCGGAUGUGGGAUUUUACUUAAGUAUUUAUGUAUAAAGCAGUAAAAAUAAUAAACUUUGUCCAAGAUACAUUUGUUAUUUGAGGGGGGUGGAAUUAAUUUUUACAAAAAAUGUUUACUGUUCCUUAAAGGAAUAUACUUCAAUGAGUACCUGUGAAAAAAAUAAGUUCUAAAAGCCAUAAUACAGCACAUAUCUUGGAUACCACAAUUCUCAAAUAGUAACGUCACAAAAAUAUGAAAUGAAUUAGCUUUAAAAGUUUCAAAUGUCUUGUGAAAAUUAUACCCCAUUAUUUGAUAUUGAGUGAAUCUUUUAAUGUUAUUUUAAAGUGUACUUUUAAAGCUGUACUUGGCUUCUGUCUAUUCUGCUGUUUAGUUGCAUUGAGUUAACUAGUGUAGCUUAUCUCCAGAUAAGAUUCUAUGCACACUGUUUCCUAAUACAAGUAUGCAUCCUGCUUGUAUGUGGUUGUUUGGGAUUAGCAGCAUUUACUUUCCAUAACAUAUUUGACUGCACCAAUACAGAUUCUCUAUCUGGCAUUCAUAACGUACGCAGAUUUGAUUAACAUUUCCAAUGCUUUUCUUAAAGAACUAAACCCUAGCCCUUUCUUUCCAGAAUUCACCCUGAUGUGCUGAUCUGCUGUUAUAAAUCUGCAGAAUUGUGCAGUGAAGGUCGGUCUUCUGAUCCUUUAACUCAACAACACAGAUCUUGGAAGAGUGCAGAUUUGAAUCAAUGUUCCUAAUCCUCUUCAACUGUGCAUGCAUGCGCCUGCAAGAUCCAUAGAUCCAUAUAAGUCAACUGACAGAAGAUGGUGCUUUGAACUCCACUGCGCAACUCUGCACAUUUAUGGCAGGUCAGCACAUCAGGUAGACUUCUGAACUGAAUAGUUUUGGGGCAGCCAGCUUGGAAGCUGUACAUUUGGUUACAUUUUGGGAUGCAUUGGGAGAUUGUUUAUCAAAUUGGUUAUUUUAUGGACUAGAUCCAAACAGCUGCAUCUUUAAAAGGUUUAUACUGAGUAAUUGUAGGGCUUUUCUCCUUAAACAUUGCAGCGACAGCAUAUAAGGUUUACUUAUCCUUUAAAAUGGCAUUUGGGGUGUUUUGCUAAAAUGUUGUUACAAUUACAAGACCAACUCCACCAAUGGAGACAAUAGCAUUUGUUUUGUUACAAUUACAAGACCAACUCCACCAAUGGAGACAAUAGCAAUCUCAUUACUUGCUUAUUUUAAAGGUUUGCUUAUCCUUUAAUGUAAAGUUGCAUUCAAGGUGUUCUGUAAGAAUGUGUUUUAAGGCCACCCCCACUGAUUGAGUUAAUAGCAAUCUCAUACAUUUUAAAUUCACAACUUGUAAAGGCUUACUAAUCCUUUAAUGUAAAGUUGAGGUUUUUUUGUUACUAUUGACAUUUGGUUAAAGGAAGAGCAACACCAAAAAGUUUUAAAGUUAUAAAAAUAUAAUGUAGUGUUGCCCUGGUAAUGUAGUGUUGCACUGGUAAAACUGAUCUCUUUGCUUCAGAAACACUACUAUUUAUAUAAACAAGCUGCUGUGUAGCAAUGGCGGCAAUUGAAAGGCUAUAUGGCACAGGUUAAAGGACCAGUAACUAGUAACAUUGGAAACUACACUAAACUUUACAUUGGAAACUAAACACCAAGACAAAUUAAACUUUAAAAUUGCAAAGCCUUUAUUAAGAAAUAACUUACCGAAACUCCACUUCCUCUCCUGUUCAGAAAAGGCGACAGGACGACGAUCCAUCCUGUGGCGUGCUAUUUCUCCUCCCUGGCUAUUUCUCAUAUUCUGCUGAUGGCAUGUGAAGUGAGGUGAAGCUGCUGCAUCAUGGAGUGCUAUAUUGUACAGAUCGCCCCUGCCUUCAAGUGCACUGGAAUCUGGCCUCGUGGCGCAGUGACCCCUACCCCACAUCCCAUGGCCAGGGCCCAACAGAGCGGCAGAAGUGAAGGCGGAGGGGCUUUAACCUACUAUCCCUGACAGGUAAGCAGAGCUCCGGAGAGCAACGUCUGGGUUGUGCAUUUCGCGGAGGCUACAAGGAAUCACACUGCUGGGGAGAAUGCCUGAGGACGUGGCUUUGGAGAAGUUGCGGCUUAGAAUGGAAUGUGCCCCUUUGGAGAGAUCCCAUGGCCCUGGACUGUUGCAGAAGAUUCUUGGCUCGGCGUAGCAAUGUGGCUGUAUCUAUGUACUCAGGAGCGGGUAGUUACCCCGAAGCCGGCUAGUCUCAGGAGAAGCCUCAAACCUAGCCUCUCUCAACCACUCUUAGUAUUCUGGGAACUGGCUGUGCAAGUAGUUAUUUUGAGAAUA